AUGUCUAAACUCAAGGAUAGCAUUAAAUCGCUCAAAUCCACAACCAGAGAAGAGCCUCCCGACUAUCAUCCGUUUGACCCGCCGUUGACAGGUCUCGAACUCAACGGGUACAAGAAUACCACCAAACAGAGACUUUUACACAAAGAAUUGGCAGAAGACUUACGGUUGCAUCUUCCAGCUAGAUUACAAGUCACACACAAUUGGAAUCUUCUCUAUUCUUUGGAGCAAGAUGGAAUAUCACUCAACACACUUUACAAGAAAAUGCGUCCCCUGCCGUCAGAAAUCAAUAAAAGGUACGGAUAUCUGUUGGUCAUCAGAGAUAGUCAUCACAAUGUUUUUGGCGCUUAUGUCAGCGACUACCUGAGGCCAAUUGAGAGGAAACAGUAUUACGGGAACGGCGAAUGUUUUCUUUGGAAAGCAGAGAAGGAUACUGUCCCAAAUCUGGUGGACCUGGGACGGCAAGAAGAGCUUGAUGUGCAAUAUCGGCUAAAGUGUCUCCAUUGGCAGUGGAGAUGGGAAAUUUGGUCUUUGGAUCGACGGCGACCUGGAUAA